AUGGACAGACUCAAUCUCGACGCGCUCCGCAACUUGAGCCUCGGCAGCCGCAGCGGAAGUUCGCGCAGUGGGAGCUCGCGCAGUGGAAGCCGCAGCGAGAGCCGAAGCGAGAGCCGCAGCGGCAGCAGCCGGCACGGGGGCGGCAGCAGCAGCAGCAGGAGGAGGCGCCGUACCCCCUCCGAGUGCAGCUCCGACACGACCAUCAUCGACGACGGGCCGCCGGCCCUUGAGAGGCUCCGCUUGGCCAACCUGGCCCAGUAUGGACCCGAGGUGAUGGAGGCGAUCCGCGUCAAGGAGGAAUACGACGAAGAGCAGAUCAGGCUCGGACGGAGUGUCUACGGAGGAUACGAUGGGGCUUCUGCCACCUGGCCUACCCCAAGCUCCGUUGCUGGAUCCGUCGCCGGGUCUGUCGCCCCCUCGACCGCGAGUUGGGUGACUGACUCGGGGGCCAGCUACGUCGACCCACGGGGCGGAAGCCGCAGCAUGGCUGGAAGCAUGGCUGGAAGCAUGGCCGGCAGUGUUGCUGGUAGCGUUGCCGGUAGCGUGUCAAGCCGGCAGUCCGUGUCAACGGGAUACGGAGGAUACGGUGGACAUGAAGGACACGGAGGACACGGAAACCUCCCGGUCCCAAGUGGACAUUUGCAGCAGCGCGCAGCCCCCAGCAGCAGCUCGAUGGCCAUCUCCGUAGACGGAGGCCGACAGCCCCAGGCGUUCUGGCCCAACGUCAAGCCCAGGCUCAUCUCCGACGCCAUCCUCCAGGACUUCACCCUCCCGUGCCCGCAGUGCUCCAUCUCGAUGAGCGCCGCUGAGCCCGGCACCCAGCACCGCGCCAUGAUCCUCUGCUGCGGCCACAUGAUGUGCGAGGGCUGCGUCACGCGCAUCGCCGCCACCGACAGGAAGUGCCCCUACUGCUCCGUUCCCGUGGGGAAAUACAUCGACUGCGCCGGCAGCUGCCAGAACCCGGGCAUGAUCGGCCUCGGUCUCCCCGGCACCACGGAUCAGCUCCGGAGGUUCCCGCGCACCACCCCCGAGGGCGCCUCGCUGCCCGGCUGCUGCCCCAAGUGCCGCCUCCUGCGCAUCGAGCGGGACUGCAGGAAGCUGGUGCGCCACAUCCUCAACGACGCCAGGGCCCGGUCCGUCUGGAUGCCGUCCAGCGACCACAAGCCCGAUACCAAGGACUACAGGGACUACGUGCGCGUCCCCGAGCUCGAGCACUUCUUGAAGCUCCUCCGGGACACGGUCCACAGCGUCGAGAUCCACAAGCAGUAUACCUGGCUGCAGCCGGACCACCGCAACGGCCACGUGCAGGUCUGGGCCGAGAAGCGCGACUACACACGCUCUCGCCCGGGCCAGGGCUGA